UUGGCACUUCUCGGCACCUGUACUUUGGUUGGCGUCUGGAUUGUGUUGUUAUCGAAGCGUUUGUGUCAGGUCACAAAACACCUGCUUCAAGCUUUGGCAUCAUGUCUGACAAAAGUGAGCUCAAAGCAGAGCUUGAAAGGAAGAAGCAGCGCUUGGCACAAAUCAGGGAAGAGAAAAGAAGAAAGGAGGAGGAGCGCAAAAAGACGGACCAACAGCUGAAGGAAGCUGCCCUCCAGGCGGAUGAUUCGGACUUGGAGAAAAAGAGACGGGAAGCUGAGGCCCUUCUGCAAAGUGUGGGCAUAACCACAGAUGUUUCAGCCGUUCCUGCUCCCACGUCUCCCAUUGCCAAAUCUGCAGGCACGCCAAGUGAGGCAGGGAGCCAGGACUCUGAUGGAGCUGCCGGUCCCAGGACUCUGCACUGGGACUCUGACCCGUCCGCUCUCCAACUUCAUUCUGAUUCUGAGCUGGGGUACUGGACACUCUCUUCUCUACUUUCCUGGCAUGUCACCCCAAAAUUGGGAAUGGCCAAAGUCACACAAGUGGAUUUCCCGCCUCGGGAAACUGUGUCCUAUUCAAAAGAGACCCAGACCCCCGCCAUGACCCCUGCCAAUAAAGAUCGUCUGUCCGCUCCUAAUGCCUGGCAGGUUGAUUGCUCCGGCUGCCCCACCAGGGAAAGGGCUGACGAGAACUCGCAGAACUCGCUGAAAGACGAGGAAGAAGAGGAGGAGGAAAUUGCUGCCCCUCAACCCAAAGAGGAGAUUCCUUCCGAAAAAGUUGACCAAAAGGAGGAAGAGGAAGCACCUCCCCAUGAGCUGACAGAGGAGGAAAAACUCCAAAUCCUGCACUCAGAGGAGUUUACAAAUUUCUUUGAUCACAGCACGCGCAUCAUUGAGCGAGCCCUGUCUGAGCAUGUGGACAUCUUUUUUGACUAUGUCGGCCAGGGCCUGGACGAGAAGGAGAGUGAAAUUCAGGCGGGAGCAAAGCUGUCCCUCAACAGGCAGUUCAUGGACGAGCGCUGGUCCAAACAUCGAGUUGUUACCUGCCUUGACUGGUCCCCCCAGUAUCCUGAGCUCCUGGUUGCUUCAUACAACAACAACGAGGAGGCUCCGCACGAACCGGACGGCGUGGCUUUAGUCUGGAACAUGAAAUACAAGAAAACGACUCCAGAAUUCGUCUUCCACUGUCAGUCUGCUGUCAUGUCGGCGGCGUUUGCGAAGUUCCACCCGAACGUGGUGGUGGGGGGCACAUACUCGGGGCAGAUUGUGCUGUGGGACAGCAGGAUCAACAAGAGGACUCCGGUGCAGAGGACUCCUCUGUCGGCAGCAGCACACACGCACCCCGUUUAUUGUGUAAAUGUGGUCGGCACCCAGAAUGCCCACAACCUGAUCAGCAUCUCCACCGACGGGAAGAUUUGCUCCUGGAGUUUGGACAUGCUCUCCCAGCCUCAGGACAGCAUGGAGCUGGUGUUUAAACAGUCCAAAGCCGUAGCUGUCACCUCCAUGUCUUUCCCCCUCGGAGACGUCAACAAUUUCGUUGUGGGCAGCGAGGAUGGCUCCGUCUACAUGUCGUGUCGUCAUGGAAGCAAAGCGGGCAUUAGUGAGAUGUUUGAGGGCCAUCACGGCCCCAUCACAGGGAUCCACUGCCACACGGCUGCAGGACCGCUGGACUUUUCCCAUCUGUUUGUGACUUCUUCUUUCGACUGGACUGUCAAGCUGUGGAGCACCAAGAACAACAAGCCUCUGUACUCGUUUGAAGAUAACUCGGACUACGUGUACGACGUCAUGUGGUCCCCCACGCACCCUGCUCUGUUCGCUUGCGUGGACGGCGUCGGUCACCUCGACCUGUGGAAUCUAAACAAUGACACUGAGGUGCCCACUGCCAGUGUGGUAGUAGACGGUAAUCCAGCCCUUAAUAAACUCCGAUGGGGGCAUUCGGGCAGAGAAAUCGCAGUGGGAGACUCUGAUGGACGAGUUCUCGUCUACGAGGUUGGGGAGCAAGUUGCAGUUCCCCGAAACGAUGAGUGGACACGCUUUGUUCGCACGCUGGCAGAGAUCAACGAGAACCGGGAUGAUGCCGAGGAGCUGGCAGCGCAGCGUCUGGCUGCAUGAGCUCAGCGCUGCUGGAGGCGUCGCUUCAGGGACCAGUUGUGUGCUUGAUUUCUUUGAAACAUGUCAUAACAUGACUGAAGGAAAAGCUUUUUUUUAUGUAUAUAUAUAUCAGAAGCACAGACACCCUUUGAUUUCCUACUCUUCAUUUGGACAGCUGCCUUCAUGUUUGGGUGGAUAAAUGAACGCAGGUGUCACCGCUAACAUGAAGCCAAAGCUGUCCUCUCUUCACCUGGGGGCCUUAAAGUUUUUCUUUGGAAGAACAGAACUAUUUACAGUAUGUUGACAGAAGCCUUAAGGUUAAUUUUUGAGCCAAAAAGGUGCUUCCCAAACUUCAUCAUGAUGAAGCUGUUUUGCAGUUAGGAAUCAGUCACAUGUAAUGUUAGCAUUCAUCGAUCAGGUCUUCAUCUUUCUUUCUUUUGACUUUCUACUGAUUAUUUGAUACAGGAUUGUAAAUUUCACUUAAUCAAUGCAGCUGGAAUGUCACUAAAAGCCACAGAUAUGAUCAGAGAUGCUGUACCUGCUCAGCGGUUUUCACACCUGUCGAACUAAUUCCAUGUGUAAAAACAGAGAAUGACUUUCCGCAGUAGAAACACUUGAUUUAUUUCCGUAAAAUACAAUAAAUACAUUUAAAUUAUUUCCCUCCAAUGCUCAUGAUUUCAAAAUAAAUACUUUGAAAAUA